AUAUGCAUUUUCAUAUUUUCAACUGAAUAGGUUAAAGAAUAUGAAGAUGGGGAGGUCGGUAGCAGCUUUCGGAAACUAUCAGCCAGCUAGCAACAACUGACGAUGAUGCGGUGUCCAGUUUGCUAUAAUAACAUCACCAAUCAGGUUCAUUGUUGUGAUUUUCUAGGCCUGUUGCUAGAUCUGAAUCUAAGAUUCAGCUGCUUUAUAUGCAAAGUUGACUAUUAGUAAAACUACCAAAUUUCUGUAUUUUAUUAAUGUUUCUAGUCAUUGUUUAGGUAGCUCCAGUGGCGUUUCUAUGAUUUGAUUACACAAGGGGAACGAACACUAGUAGGGGGGUCCGUGGGCAUCCUCUCUGGAAGAAAACAUUUUAGUUUCAAUAGCUAAAUGCAUCAAUCUGGUUAAUUUUGAGAUUAACAUUGAGAGAUUAUAAUUAUUAAAGCUGCAACAUGUAACUUUUUGGGUGGCUGUCCAAAUUCACAUAGAAAUGUGAAUCAUAGAUCGGUCAUUCUCAUUGAAAGGACGUCUAAGAAUGGGAUAUGUUCUAUGUGCGCUAUUUCUAUGCUUAAGUAUAGUUUUUUUUCUUUAGCUUUCAGUUUUGUACAGAAGCUUCCAAGAACUUAAAUAUAUACCCUACCGGUCAAAAGUUUUAGAACACCUACUCAUUCAGAGGGUUUUUACAUUAUUAUUUUAAAAAAAUAUAUUUUCUACAUUGUAGAGUAAUACUGAAGACAGAAUCAUUUAGUAACAAAAAAAAGUGUUAAACAAAUCAAAAUAUAUUUUAGAUGAGAGUUUUUUUCAAAUAGCCACCCUUUGCCUUGAUGACAGCUUUGCAAGCUCUUGGCAUUCUCUCAACCGCUUCAUGGGGUAGUCACUUGGAAUGUAUUUCAAUUAACAGGUGUGCCUUUUUAAGUUAAUUUGUGGAAUUUCUUUCCUUAAUGUGUUUGAGCCAAUCAGUUGUGUUGUGACAAGGUAGGAAAAUAGGGCUACCAAAUAGGGCUAUUUUCCCUAUACAAACAGCACAAAUAAGCAAAGAGAAACGAGAGUACAUCAUUACUUUAAGACAUGAAGGUCAGUCAAUACGGAAAAUUUAAAGAACUUUGAACGUUUCUUCAAGUGCAGUCGCAAAAACCUUCAAGCUCUAUGAUGAAACUGGCUCUCAUGAGGACCACCACAGGAAUGGAAGACCUAGAGUUACCUCUGCUGCAGAGGAUAAGUUCAUUACAGUUACCAGCCUUAGAAAUUGCAGCCCAAAUAAAUGCUUCACAGAGUUCAAGUAACAGACACAUCUCAACAUCAAUUGUUCAGAGAAGACUGUGUGAAUCAGGCUUUCAUGGUCGAAUUGCUGCAAAGAAACCACUACUAAAGGACACCAAUACAAAGAAGAGACUUGUUUGGGCCAAGAAACACGAGCAAUGGACAUUAGAUCGGUGGAAAUUUGUCCUUUGGUCAGGAGACCAAAUUGGAGACGUUUGGUUCCAACCGCUGUUUCUUUAUGAGACGCAGUGUGGGUGAACGGAUGAUCUCUGCAUGUGUAUUUCAACAGGACAAAGACCCCAACACACCUCCAGGCUGUGUAAGGGCUAUUUUACCAAGAAGGAGAGUGAUGGAGUGCUGCAUCAGAUGACCUGGUCUCCACAAUCCCCCGGCCUCAACCCAAUUGAGAUGGUUUUGGAUGAGUUGGACUGCAGAGUGAAGGAAGAGCAGCCAGCAAGUGCUCAGCAUAUGAGGGAACUCCUUCAAGACUGUUAGAAAAGCAUUCUAGGUGAAGCUGCUUGUAAGAAUGCCAAGAGUGUGCAAAGCUGUCAAGGCAAAGGUUGGCUAUUUGAAGAAUCUCAAAUAUAAAAUAUAUUUAGUUUUUUUUUUUGUUACUACAUGAUUCCAUGUGUGUUAUUUCAUAGUUUUUACAUCUUCAGUAUUAUUCUACAAUGUAGAAAAUAGUAAAAUAAAGAGAACCCUUGAAUGAGUAGGUGUUUAGAUUGUAGUGAUUCUCUACACUGAGGGCUUGUUUUGUCACAUAAACUGAAGUUAGGCAAAUUAUUUAGAAUUUUUGCAACCAGGAAAUGGUGGAGCGAUUUCUGCAUAUUGCACCUUUUUAAAGAAUUUGGUAAAAAAUUAUAAUAAAUGUAGGUAAACUAUCACUUUUUAAAAUAGGUCUUGAAGAAAGUCCUGCAGGGGAUAUAUUUCCCCUUCAGAGGUUUGAAAAUAUUCAUUAUAAUUAAUUACUCCCAAGUCACCUCAACUUCAAGAAAAAUCUAAAGGUGGUUGAGGAUGACUAGUUGCAGACACUUGUCAUCUUUUAGUAUGUAGACAAGAUAUUUUGUGAACACAAACAAAAUGACAAAAUAAUUGAGGUAAGAUAUGUAGUCUAUUUCCCUUUGACUAAAUGAAGUGAGAUGAAGUUGUUAUCCACCUUGUAUUUCAAUAUAACCUAUUCUUAUUUAUGACUUACAGUCAACAUGUCCAUGACAUAGCUUACCUACAUGAAUGCCUACAAAAUGCAUAGCCUCUGACAAGCACUAAUAAUGAGCCUUUUUAGUGUGCAGGUCACACGCCUGACAGAGUGAGGUUUACAACAGUUAUCUACUGUGACACACUGUGUCAUCAUGAGAACAGUGACCCUGAUCACUGAAGUCUACUUUACUCUGAUCCUUCUCAGGGAUAUGAAGUGAAAAGGUCUGAUCCCAAGAGAUAUCUAAAACUAAUGAUUCCAUGUCUCUUUGGAAUGUGUUUCCGAGGGAUGCAGUAAAGCAGGUAGGCAACUAGAUUCAGCCUAGGAGCUUUUUUUGUUUUUGUCCGAGCGAUUGGUCGGGAAAGUUGACCACAACUAGGCCCAAAAAGAGACUGUAUUUGAAAAUAACAAUUUCAUACCUUGAUUACAUUGAGACACGAUCAUGUCUCUUUUUUAAAUUUUUAUUUGUGGGAAUACUUGGGAACAGAUUUAUUAAAUUAUACUCAUUUUUAGACGAAUUCCUGGUGAUUAGUCAUUUUUUGACCAGUCUUUUUAUUUGUUAUUUUUGGUCACAUUCUGGUGUUGGUGCGUAAAGCAAGGUCAGCCGACAGCACAAGGCAGGGGACUGGGGGGAGAACGCACUGACAAGAACGUGUAGGCUACUGGGAAAGCAGGUUGUAGUAAGCACUUGGAGAGAGCUGAGAAGGCCAAAGCUGUAAUGUGUGUUUGUCUUGUUGCAGAUUGAACUAAGGGUUCACUGCUGGGUGACAAUACAUCCACUUUGAGGAUAAACUGACAAGCAGUCAUCUGUGUCCUGAAUGUCACAAGAGCCACCACAAACUUUCAGACUGACCCCUCAACCCAAACUCUGAAUACCCUCAACUCAGCUCUUUAGUGUUGAAGUCUGUGUUGAACAGAGUAGAGUGAAUUUGGGGGUGUUUUAGGUAGUGUUUUUGGGGCUGUGCCAGCUGGGUGGUGUCCCAUGGCGAUUAACAGUGAGGCGAGGGACUGGGCCGAGGCUGGGAGUGAAGAUGCUGGUGAGAGGGCGUGGCUACUGCAGAGCCCCAGUGUGGAGUCCGUUCGCCCCCCUUUGUCAGACAGGGAGAGGAGUGGAGGGGUGUCUGCCACAGCCGCUGUCUUCAUUGUGGUGAACGCUGCGCUGGGGGCAGGACUACUCAACUUCCCUGCCGCCUUCAACAUGGCCGGAGGCGUGAUUGCAGGGGUGGUGCUACAGAUGUCCAUGCUGAUUUUCAUCAUCAGCGGUCUGGUGAUCCUGGCAUACUGCUCCCAGGUCAGUAAUGAGAGCACCUACCAGGAGGUGGUGCGGGCCUCGUGUGGGAAGGUCACUGGGGUAAUCUGUGAGGUGGCCAUCGCCGUCUACACCUUUGGCACCUGCAUCGCCUUCUUUAUCGUCAUUGGAGACCAGCUGGACCGCUUGAUAGCUGCAAUAGCUCAUUUGCCAGACGGUGUGGUCGGUGGUCACUGGUACAUUGACCGUAAGUUCACCAUUUGUGUGACUGCUGUCCUGGUCAUUCUGCCUCUUUCCAUCCCCAAAGAGAUUGGCUUCCAGAAAUACGCCAGUGCGCUGAGUGUUGUUGGCACCUGGUAUGUCACCAUUGUGGUUAUACUGAAAUACAUCUGGCCUGAUAAAGAGAUGACCCCCGGCUACAUUGCAACCAGCCCGUCCUCCUGGAGUGCAGUAUUGAACGCCAUGCCCACCAUAUGCUUUGGCUUCCAGUGUCAUGUGAGCAGUGUGCCAGUGUUUAACAGCAUGAGAAGGAGUGAACUCAAGCCCUGGGGAGGUGUGGUCACCGUCGGCAUGAUCAUCUGCCUCUUUGUCUACACUGGCACAGGUGUCUGUGGCUUUCUGUCGUUUGGGUCUAACGUCAGUCAGGAUGUACUGAUGUCAUAUCCUCCUAAUGACAUCGCCGUGGCGAUCGCAAGGGCCUUCAUCGUCAUCUGUGUUAUCACCUCCUAUCCCAUUUUACACUUCUGUGGCCGGGCGGUGCUGGAGGGGCUAUGGCUCCGUUUCCGUGGCGAGCAGGUGGAAUUGUGUGUGAGGCGUGAGCGGAGACGCAGGGUGUUGCAGACGCUUGUGUGGUUCACAAUCACACUCGUCCUCGCACUCUUCAUCCCCGACAUUGGCCGAGUCAUCUCCCUCAUUGGAGGCCUGGCAGCCUGCUUCAUAUUUGUCUUCCCAGGUCUGUGUCUGAUUCAGGCAAAGCUCUCAGAAACAGAGGUCCGAUCUGCUAGCUGGCAUGGGAUGGUGGUCUACGGUGUCAUCAUGGUAACCAUCGGCACUUUCGUCUUUGGCCAGACCACCGUCAAUGCAAUCUAUCAAGACUUCAUCCACUAUCCGGACAGCCAAUAGAAUUCUGACCAGGAAGACUCUUUGUUGGAGGAGGAGGAUGUAGGUCUAUGCUGCUAUUCUGAACUUUAUUGACUUAUAUCAGGAUGUGGAGGAUCCAACACACACAUGCAAACACACUCCCUCCUGUGACAUCUCCUGCAUGCCGCACGUCUCGUUGUCUCCCUGACGAUGAAACCGCUCCAUAGCAAGCACUCGUGUCACACAUGAAGCGAUGCUCUAGGAUUGGACGAGAGUCCCGAGCGCAACCACUGACAAUGACCUAACUUUUUUUUUUUAAGAUUAUGCAAAUGUUAUGUUGUUUUUAUUACAUUUUAUUGUGGGAACAGUCCUCAGUGUUUUCACCCCGUUGUGGGCUGCAGUACUAAAUCCAGCAUACACCAACCACUGCACUACAGGUGGCAUCCCAUCCCUCAAGAAACUGGGCAGUGAGAGAGGGUACCUCACUCUGAUGGGUGUUGUUACUGAUGAGUAAUGAACAUACUGUUUUAAGAAUGUGGCCAAACAUUUCCAUCCAUUUUUAUAGUAAUUUUACAAUUCCAAUGUUUAAGUGGUUUAAAGACGUAUCCUUCAACUGUAGUUCUGAAACCUGUGUAAUGUGGCAAGUGUAUUAUAAUUUUAAUCGAUUUUGAAUGCCUUUGAGAUUUCAGAAGUCUGGGGUCUCAGGCUGAUUCCUGUGGUUAAAAGAUUGUAUUGGGCCUAGCUUUAAACAGACAGAUAUUUUAAAUGUGCUUUACCAACAGAGAGAGAUUAGCUCUAGGCUACAGAAAGAGGUAAAGAACAAAAAUCUAUCAUGUUCGAAGGGAUUGUUCCUCAGGGCAGCAAUUACUAUUUUACAAUGACUUGAAUGAGAUUGGAAAUGCUUGAAAUUCAAUUACUUUUUGUUUUUAUUUGUAUUCUAUAAUUGGAGCCAAGGGAAAUCGUUUUUUUCUGAACUGAACCAAUUUAGUAAUCUGGUUGAACAAUAAGCAGUCUUAUAGUAUCAUGAAUUCUCCUGUUAUCAAUCUACAUUUUAAUAAACAUGAUGGUUUUGUCAUUGAA